UCCCGCACAGCGACUGUUUAACCGCCGUACAAAGACUCUCUUGCCCGUCUCGGAGAAGUUGCUCCAACCGAAGAUAAAUCCGCAAGCAAACAAACGCAUCCAACAAAGACAACAGCUCCGAAAGAAAUACCACGAUCGUGGCGCAAAAGAGCUCAGCCCGUUGCGGAAAGGAGAAGUGGUGAGACUACAGCCAACCCGAAUCGGCGAAAAGAAAUGGAAGAGAGGGAUAGUCGUACGCAAAGCCGGGAUAAGAUCAUAUGAAGUCCAAUGCAAAGGGUAUACCUAUACUAGAAACAGAAAAUUCAUCCGACGAUCAAGGUUACCUGCAGAAUUCGGUAGUGACAACGCAGAUGAAGAGAUGUCAGACAUGUCCGAAGCGGAAGAGAACGUUUCUGUACCUACUGACAAUGAUCUGCCCCAAGAAAACCCUCAACCAGCACACUUAGAACGCAAUGAAACAAGUACCGAAACAAGUUCUACAAGCAAAACACGUAGUGGACGGUUAGUUAAAAAACCUGACAGGCUAGGUAUAGACACAUAA